AUGGCCUCACGUAGCACGGACGCGGAGGGACGGACUCGAACCAGCGACGAGGAAGGCACUUCAAAGCCAAUACGAGCCCGCGUUUCACGCGCCUGCACCCGCUGUCGAGCCCGCAAAGACAAGUGCGAUGCGAAGCAGCCCAAUUGCACAAACUGUGCAAAUGCCGGACAAUCGUGCGUAUACGUGGCAGGGACCAAGAGGAGAGGACUUCAGGAGGGGUAUGUGCGCGGCCUGGAGAAGUUGUGGGCUGUCAUGCUACAAAAGGUGCACGGACUAGACGAUGCGGUUCAGCAGGUAGUGCGUCGGAACGAACAAGAGCUGUUGCGCAUAUGGAACCAUCAGAAACUUGGCGAUGGCCUUCACACAACAUGGAAAGAGUCAAAUGUGCUUACAGAGCUGGAGAAGCUCUUAUCCCAUCUCGAGCAUAACUCUUCAAUCCACCCAAAGCGCAAGCGCGACAUCGAAGACGACGGCGAAGAUGAAGCAGUAGAGCCUCUUCACCAUCGAAGCCGAGGCGAUAAAUAUGUGCUCACAUCAGAUUUCAAGGUCGUUGAGAUGGCACAAAUCCCGAACGAAGAAGAGACUGGACCUGGCUUCGGAGAUCCUCUGACUGAGGGCAAACUCGGCAUCACACGUCCGGAAGAUGUCCCUCUGCCAUCUUCGGCCUCACGUCUUUUGGAUCAAUAUUUCACUUUCACCCACUGCUGGUUUCCAAUCCUGGACAGGCCUGCUACGUUGCGGAAAUUCUUCGAGCACACGAUGCCUCACAAACGACGUCCUCUCGACCAUGCUGAUCUUUCUUGCAUAUGGGCUAUCUUGGCCUACUCUCAGCAACAGACGGGGCAUCUUCUGCCAACGCCUGCUGCGACACCUGGAACCAGCGUUGCCGAGCUGCGUUCUUUAGCAAGGAAUCUGAUACCGUCCGAGCGUGGACCUUUCUCACUUGGCCAUGUUCAGGCUUUGUUGUUAUUGGUCCUCCUUGAUAUCGGCAUGGGCGACUGGACGUCUGCGUGGAUGCUGGUCGGCUCUGCUAUACGAGCUUUACUGAUCUCCAUGGGAUCGGAAGCGGUGGUCCCGUUCGAGAAUCCGCGGGGCUUGUAUUCUGACUCUAGGAUUGACAGAGAUGACGGCACGACGGCUUCGAGACAUAUCCCCGAUUCAAAACAUAGGAGCUGGCAGGCCCUUCUGCAAGGCUGUUUUGUCUUGGAUACCAUCAUCGCAAUCUGUCUAAAGAGGCCGCCACAUCUUCAGAGUGGUCAUUUGAGUUCUACCCAGUUCCUCGAAGAAGACGGACAUGAAGAAUGGGAACCGUGGAAGGCAGUUGCUGGUGAUGACGGCCCCGAGUCGAGAGAGCCAGCGUUCGUGACAAGCUGCUUCAACCGACUGACUGAGCUCUGUAUGAUUGCCAAUGAUGCGUUCUGCACAAAGGUCUCCCACACAACAAUGAUAACACCAACACAGCACGUUGUAUCACGGCUGCGUUCGCUGGGCGAGAAGUAUCCCUUCACUCUCUCGGAUGUUAUACGACGCCCACCACAUCAGAUGCUUUUACAUGCGUGUCAUUUUGCCUUUCAAACGGCCAACUCUCAAUGGAAUGGGGACCAGCCAGAGCUUAAGUCGAAACUCGCAGAAGUUCUGAGGUUAUUUGAUCAUUCGUGGAAUCUUCCCAACAAAUGUGGCAUCCCAUCCAUGUUGAUCCCACUUUACUGCCUAGCCAACCUAGAAACCGAUACUUCUUCAUCGCCUAUUAUUGGUCCUGACUUGGUUCCGGAAAGGCCUAACCAGGUACGGUCGAGGUUGGCCUUGAUCUGGCCAGGAGCAGAAUUCUUCAUCAAUGGUGGUACGCCCAUGAGAUCAACCGGGCUUCUGAGCACAGCUCCAGUGUUGCCGUUCAACAAUGUCUUACAAACACAACCAGCAUCCGCCAACCUUGCGCCCGCCUCAAGCAGCCACAGAGAUCUGGGUGGCAUGCAAGAUUUUGGGAACGCGCAGACCCUCCUCCAAUAUCAUGACGUGGCUCAGUAUGGAAAUGCAAUCGAGGUGCCACAGCCUAAUGGGUCAACUGCCGCGGAUUAUGUGGACUACGGUGCUGCUAUGAGUGUUGACAUGCCCGAAGGGAAUAACGAGGCAAGCGCUGGCCUAAAUUCAAUGACGAAAACCCGUAACGUUUCUGGGUUGUCAACGUCUCCAAGCUUUAACGGCGACGAGAUUGAUGCCUUGUUCCACGAAAUGGCUCAACUCGAUACAACUCGAUGGACUGAUGACAGGACUCAGGGACUUAAAGACUUCGGCUUUCCGGAUGACACCACCUUCGAGGCUUUUUGCAAUGAUCCGGAUCGCUUGAUGGGAUCGGAUGGGUUCAUGGGUGUUAUCAAUAAUGAGAGCAAUCUUCUCUCCGAAGGUCAAGCUGCAAUAUCGGGCAAUGACAAUCUUCGAAUUGGAAAGAUGACCUUUGACGAUAUUUUCCGAUGA